AUGGUCGUCUUUGUUGAUUUAGAAGAGGACGACGAACCUCUUCAUGUCCUCGAGGCCCGUCGUUUAGCAGCAGCCGCCGCCGCCGUCACCCAACGCAUCGAAGCACGCAACCGCGAGUAUCAGCGUCAGUUCUACAGGCCCAACAUGGCUGCCGUCGCCGUCUCAGUCCCCGUCCCAGCUCCGGCUAUGCACAUGGCUCCGCCUGCUGCUGCUGCUGCAGCUGCUGCACCGGAGCCAUCCCCGACCUUCCAGAGUGCUGCCACUGAGGCUCUUGGCUGCUAUCCUGUCGUGAUGGCCAUCGCCGAACACAUCGACCUCAACACCCUCGACAGUCUGGCCCGUACCUGCCGUAUGGUCCGACAAGGCCUGCUUCAAUACCGCAACAUCCUCCUCUCCUCGACGCUACACUGCUCCAAUGAGCUCGACCCCGUUGACCCGGAGUCAACCUUCCGCUAUCGCGCGAGGGCGAGCAACUGGUACUACAUGGAAGACGGACGCGCCUACAACGGCAAGAGCGGCAGCUGCGCCCGGGACCUGGUGACGGAGUGCCGGAGGCUGUGUCAGCCUUGCGUCAAGGCGCCAAUUGCCGCUCUCGUGAACCCAGCUCUGGAUCCCGAGACACCGCUCACCCACGACGCGGUGCGACGGGAGAUCUGCAGAUGCGAGCUUGAUGGUGUCUGGCUCUGCCAGCCCUGCGGGCGGAGCAUGCGCGCUGCCGAUCAGGAUUACCGGCGCAUCUGGAAAUGGCGCGCCCAUUACGGUGAAGUCCUCGGCGGCUUGGGUACGGGCAUUGGCGAGGGCGACCGCGGUGUCAUCUGCGGUCGCGAACAAGCCUGCGUUGGCGCCAAGGAGCGUGAGAACGAGACUGAUUGCGACGCCGAGGAUGCGGCUGUCAGUGGCGCCAACCUCUGGGAAGCCACGGACGAGGUGCAUCUCGAUACCGUGCGGUACCAAAGGACGCCAAGCCCGCAACUCGGCCCUGGCUAUGAGAGGCACGAGAUUGAAGGCAUCGGCGGUGUUGUGAAGACGAAGCUGGUGAGGAUGGUGAGUGUGGGCGCAUGCGUGCCCGAGUGGGACGACGAGCGACAUUCAUCCAAGAUUCUCAGCAGAGAAGCCAAUGGCAUCAGAAGGAGCUGGUGCGGCUGGUGCUGGAGGGUCAUACCUGGAAAGGAUGACCUGGAGAAGGCCGGUGUUGAGAUGGCGGACAAGAUGGGCGUCAAGGUGCCCAAGCUGUGA